AUGGCGCUACCGCCGCAACAGUUCUGCGUGAGAUGGAAUUCUUAUCACACAAACUUACAGGCGGUGUUCCCCCGUCUGCUGCUCACGGAGCAGUUCGCGGACGUGACCCUCGCCUGCGAGUCCCGCCAGCUGCGCUGCCACAAGCUGGUGCUCUCCGCCUGCUCCGCAUACCUCGAGAGGCUGCUGCUGCAGAACCCCUGCAAGCAUCCGAUUGUGCUCAUGCGCGACAUGAGGUUCAGCGAAAUGCAGGCGCUGGUGGACUUCAUGUAUAAGGGCGAGGUGAACGUCACCCAGGAGGAGCUGCCAAGUCUACUCAAGUCCGCCGAGGCGUUGCAGAUCAGAGGUCUGUGCUCGAGCGACAACGCGGGCCUGAGCUCCGAGCUGGGGCCCAGUGGCGACGGCAAGGACUUCACCGUGGCCAGCGAUGCGCUGGUGGCCAACGCGCACAGGGACACCGCCGCCAACGGGCCCGGCCAGAAGGCGGCCAGCAACGGCGGCGGCGCCCCGGCCGCGAGCGCCAACGGGCCCAGGAAGCGCAAGUCCUCGGACCGCGAGAGGAACCCCGACGUCAAGGAGGAGACGGUGGAGGAGGACGGGCUCUACUACGGCGAGCUGGAGAACGACAACAUGGAGUACAACGAGGACGAAGAAUCGGGCAAACCAGGCAGCAGUCUCGGGCAGACGUCAGGGCGCGGCCGGCCGUACAUCCGGGUGAAGCCCGAGAGCGAGCUGCUCUUCCAGGAGAGGCUGCAGAACCUGGCCAAGGUGAACUCGGACUACGUCCACCGCUUGUCGAAGAUGAACGCGGCCGAGAUACAGAGCGAGUUUUCCAAGUACGGCCUCAACACGAACAGCGCGACAGACGACACGUGCGCCCAGAAGAGCGCCGAGAACGACUACUACAAGUCGUGGCUCGAGCAGAACGGCGAGCUGGAGGUGUCCCUGCUGAAGGCGAACCAAGCCAAGAAGAGCAGGGCGGAGGUGAAGAGCCACAAGUCCGAGGUGGAGCUGAUCCCCAAGCCGAGGGCGGAGAGGGCGGAGAGGGCGCAGAUGAGGAGGCGCGGGCGGCCGCCCAUCUUCAGGGAGCGCAACGUGGACAUCGGCGACACGGUGCUCAAGUCGGACCUGGACCAGUUCCUGGAGGGCAAGGAGGUCAGCUCGUCGGGCCUGUCGCGUAAGGACCUGGAGCGCGUCAUGAUGGGCAAGUUCAACCCCAACAGGCGUUACUCCAACGAGGCCAUGUGGGCGGCCCUGAUGGACGUCAAGAAGGGCGGCAGCAUCUACAGGGCCGCCCAAACGCACAAGGUGCCGCGCAAGUCGCUCAGGAACUGGAUGAAGCGGUGCCACAUCAAGUCCUCGUUCCCGAUGCCGCAGCAGCUCAAGCAGUUCGUGGAGAACAGCAAGAGGCAGCGCGAGAGGGGCCCCGAGGAGGCGGGCUUCGAGCCCGAGCUGGACUUCGGCAAGCACUUCCUCAGCUUCGCGGCGGCGCAGCCCUCCAGCGAGGACGAGGGCGCGGCCGCCAAGGGCGCCGCCAUCGACAUGUCCCUCCGCGAC